GUCAGUCAUUUCCAUUGCGAACAUGAACUCUCCGGCUCUUAUUCUCCUUCUGAUAUUCCUGUUUUUCCAGCGGACAGCUGCUAAUUCUGUGGAAGAAAUCACCUGGACCUACUCGGGCUCGGUGGGUCAGUCCGAAUGGUCCGAGUACUUCCCUGACUGUGGCGGUGCCUCUCAGUCACCUGUUGACGUGACAACCACUCAGACUAAAUACGACCCCAGCUUGGUUCCGGUGACGCCUCUGGGCUACAGCCAGCAUGGGAACCAGCCUUUCAGCCUGCACAAUAACGGACACACAGUCGUCAUUGAGCUGCCAGGGUGGAUGGGACUACAGGGUCUGCCGUGGCUCUUCACAGCUGUUCAGCUGCACCUUCACUGGGGCAACGGCAGCCCAGGUCAUGGGGGCAGUGAACACACCAUUGAUGGAAGGAGUGCAGAUGCAGAGCUACAUGUGGUUCAUUACAACUCGGAGCUUUACCCCAACAUGUCUGCAGCCAUGACGCAGAGGGACGGUCUGGCUGUUUUAGGAAUUUUCAUUGAGACAGGUGAAGAGACGAACCCAGCGUUUAACAACAUCAUCAACUACAUGAGCCGCAUCAGACAUGCAGACCAGAAAGAGUUCAUCCCAGCCUUUGACGUCCAGUCCCUUCUUCCCAGGAGUCUGGGACGCUACUACCGAUACAACGGCUCACUGACGACACCCCCCUGUUACCAGAGCGUCAUCUGGACGGUGUUCCAAGAGAGGGUUCAGAUCUCAAAGGCACAGCUGCUGAAGAUGGAGACGAUACUUUACUCCAGUAAAGCUGAAGAUUCACACAGGAUGCUGCUGCAGGACAACUACCGGGUAACACAGUCGCUCAACCACAGAGUCGUCCUUGCCUCCUUCUCUGCAGAAUCUGGAAAGGAGCUCUCGUCUGGUGAAGUCACAGCCAUAGUGAUCGGAGUGAUGUGUGGCUGCGUGGGCCUGGCAGUGAUUGUUCGUUUCAUCGUGAAGACAAUACGCUCUUCUUCUAGCUGGGACGUCCUGCACAAUAAUCGGCCAGCGCCUUCGCCAAGGGUAAAUGAUCAAGAACACUCCAAAGAGAAAAAACAAGACCUGGCUCUUAGCACAACCUCAGAGGCCGAAAAGAAAGAAGAACCUUCGCCGUCAUCUCCGGCAGAGCCGUGACAGCACAUCAGCUCAGGCCAGAAACCCAAACACUCGAUCAGUGAUUUCAUUUCCCCAUAAGUCAAGAACACUUUCACUUUUUUGUUCAUUUUUUUCCCACAGACAGUGACAAAAACAAAACAUCUUAGAAGAAGUGAAAGUGGGACGAAACCUCAACAUGGGAUGAUCCACCAGCUGUACUGAUUAAGUGUCAAAGUUCUUUGCUUCAUUCA